ACACGAGGCAACAGAUGCUGAAGAAUUAAGAAGACCCGGGGCAUUGGAUUGCACUGUCGAGGGUGUUUCAGCCUGGUUGUGACAUGUGACAACAGACUUCGAAUGCACUGCUACCCUGCCCUGCAGCGAGAUGGAUACCGAUCCUCGUCAAGGAUUAUCGAGAUCGCAGGCAUUUUCGAUAAUUGCCAUGUGGGAGAUCAAUGAAAUGCAUGGUCUCACGGAUGUGAUCGCCGAAAGUACUGAUGCAAGGGCCAAGAACAUCUCAAAAAUAAUAUCGGGAGUGAAGCACUAGCACCCCAAACUGCUUUUCGAUCUUUUCCGGUGUUCAACGUCUUGUGCAUGUGUCACUGCUUUGCAGAUUCACAGCCAAACUCCGAUUUCGAUUCAAUCGAGGGUUUCCGCAUUCACCGUAAUUUGUAUAACAACAGUUACUUUGCUCAACCAAGGCAAGAACGAGGGACCCUCACGAUACUUAUUUCGGCGAUAUGGGCGCUGGGUGGUGGUAUAUCUAGUACGAAUACUAUCGGUUUACGUUCACCCAGUUUGCCACUCCCUCAAUCACACCCCUCGAAUAUGAAUCUAGUCUUGAACGAUCACGGUUGGUUGGUCAUCACUUCGGAUCGAUUUCACAGCUAUGUUGCAGUUGCAUCAUUUACUGCAGUGGUAUAUGAUUGGGCUUUAACCUUCGGGCGAGAGGUUGAACUCGUUUGGAGGCAACGUUGGACCCUUAUAACCAUUUUGUACCUCGCCGUACGCUAUGCUGGGAUGCCAUAUGUCGUCAUGUUCAUGCUAGGAAGUCUUCCGUCAGUCCCGCUGACAGAUCUAGUGCGCAAUAUUAUGUUUGUUGUACUAAAUUGUAUGAAUGUGGUAGUUUAUGGCAUGCUGGGCGUCAUCAUGAUCACUCGGUUACAUGCCAUGUAUCAGGGGUCAAGAAGGAUGCUUAUAUUUCUCAUUGUAAUCUUGUUUGUUCUUACAAUGGCCGGCGGAGCGAUUACUACAAUAGGAAUCAACCGUACUAAUUCAAAGGCCGUUUCUGGCAUUCAUCAGUGCACUUAUAAACACGCUGGAGACGUCCGCCUUCUGAUGUCCAUCACUUGGAUACUCCGCAUUAUAUGGGAGGUUCUCGUGAUGUGCCUGGUAGUCUGGAUUGUUGUAAAACAUUUCCGGCAAUUGCGACUAUCAUCGCAAGCCGCAAUCAUCGGAGACUGUUUCAUGAUUUUGAUGAAGACUCACGUGGUGUACUUUGCAAGCUUUGUUGCUGGUUCUUGGAUCGCCCUUGGUUAUUAUUUCUCGACUGUCUCGGACUCCAAAACCAUGGGUUACAAUGGUGCUCUGAACAUCUUCUCGGUCGUGCAGAUGUUCGUGCUGGGACCACGCCUCAUCCUUAAUGUCCGAGGAUAUCAUGCUAAGCUCAUAGCUGAGUCCGAUACAAGAACCAGGAUCCCUCCUCCAAACACCUCCCAGGAGCUGUCAACUAGCGGUCAUGUGUAGCACAGCCAGUGAAAACGCUCCAAGUGACAAACAGGAAGUACAAAGAACUUCUGUUGUCAUGCGGCAGUGACUAGGAUUCAUUGACCGGCUUCCUGAGCUAUUAGCUGCGUCAUCACCCGUACUCAUAAUCGACUUAGCACCUAUGUACUAUUUAAUGUCUGAUCAGUACUUUUUGUUGCGACAUGGAGUCAUGGACAUUGAACAGCACUAUACGGAGAUGGACGAUAUAAAGUUUUACUAUCCUAGAUCACGUUAUCUC